CCGGCUACGGGUCUCGCUCGCUCGCUCACUGCGGGGCGGCAUCCAUCGCCAAGGCAGGAAAAGCGCUGAGCUCGCCGCCGCCUUCGUCCCUCCCAGCCCACCGCACUCCCCGGGCAGAUGCAGGCCAUCAAGUGUGUGGUGGUGGGAGACGGGGCUGUGGGAAAGACCUGUCUGUUGAUCAGUUACACAACAAAUGCCUUCCCUGGAGAAUACAUCCCCACUGUCUUUGAUAACUAUUCUGCCAAUGUCAUGGUAGAUGGAAAGCCCGUAAAUCUGGGCCUUUGGGACACAGCAGGACAAGAAGACUAUGACCGGUUGCGACCACUUUCCUAUCCCCAGACGGAUGUUUUUCUCAUCUGCUUCUCACUGGUGAGCCCUGCAUCUUUUGAAAAUGUCCGAGCCAAGUGGUACCCAGAAGUUCGACAUCAUUGUCCUAACACACCAAUCAUUUUGGUGGGCACCAAACUGGAUCUGAGAGAUGACAAGGACACCAUCGAGCGGCUACGCGAUAAGAAAUUAGCUCCCAUUACCUAUCCCCAAGGUCUGGCCAUGGCCAGGGAGAUUGGUUCAGUGAAGUACCUAGAAUGCUCUGCCCUUACCCAGAGAGGCCUCAAGACUGUCUUUGAUGAAGCCAUCCGUGCUGUGCUCUGUCCCCCACCUGUGAAGAAGCCUGGCAAGAAAUGCACUGUGUUCUAGAGCAUUCCUGAGUUCCACGUGUUAUGGAUGACUCUUCUAGAGUCUGAGGAGGGAGAGAGUUUGUCGGGUGUUCCCACAAGGGGAUGGCGGGGGUCCCUCAUCAUGUGUGAAGUCAGUGUUUUUUAAAUGUCUCUUUAAUUUAACGUGUUGAUGUAAACGGGCCGCAUGGGAAAAAAGAGGAGCUCGGUGCUAUCCCACCCCCAGGGUGGAGCCAUGCAACAAACACACCCUCCAUGGCUCUCUGCUAGGACAUAAUUCAUGAAUGAAAGGAACAGCCCUUUCUUACUACUUCUCUUGGUGCUAGAGCCAUUGUGGUGGGAAUAUAUCAUGAACCCCAGGUGCGGCAGGAAAGACAAACGAGACACAGGUUGAAGAACAAGCCAUUGGUGCUUUAUGAAGUGGGACACUAGCUAAGCCAAUAGUCCAGACCACUCUUGUGCUAUUCAAAUCUACCACUGCCUUUCAGGCCAUUAGCCUGUUUGCUGCUCCUAAGUGGUUUGACUAAUCAUCAAAUUCCCCUAAAGAGGGGAAGAGGGAGGUCUCUUUACCUUGUCCAGCCUCUGCAGAAGAGGGCCACCUGGGAGGAACCUUUCCGUAAGACGUGUGGAAGAUGUCAAGCGACUCCUUCCUUUUGACAGGAAUGAUGGGGGUUGGGUUAGAGAGAGCUUUGAAGGAUUUGGAGACGGGUCCAGUUUUUAAUCAUCGUGUAGUGAUGAGCUGAACACCUCUUAUUUUAUACAAU